UUUGCCAAAAUAAAAGCGAGAGUCGAAAAAUGAACAACAAAACUGCUGCCGCGUUUCGUUAAAUGUCAGCGUGUGAAGUGUUGCUGAAUACUCGUCGGGUAAAUAAUUAUUGCAAAUUUUCCUCCACGUGGUGGCGUUUGCGCUACACAUUUCUGCUUCCGGUCAGGACUUCUUGCACGACAGUUGCGUGGCAAAGAGGGCAGAAGACCGAGAAGAUGAUGGAGUUCUGCGACAGUGUCCUCACAGACCGCUCAGAAGAAUCCAAUGUUGGGAGCGACAUAGAAUCUCAACGAUUGGCGAGCCUUCAUUGCAAACAAUGCAACACUGUGCUCGCAGACUCAUUCUCCGUGUGCGGAGAAAUCAAAUGUCUGGAUGCCAUCGCCUUUCUACGAGUCAGCGAUGACGUGAUAGUUAGCAGCGUGAAGGAGUGUGGAGAUAAAGGAGACAUCGCUGACUGCGUCUUCAGCAGCGUGAGUUGCCGCGAGUGUGGCGUGAUGGCGGGUAAAGUCCUCCACGCCGCCCCCCCGCACCUGGCUGAUCUGCGCUCCUUGUUCCUGCUGCAAAAGGCCAAGCUGCGAUGUUACAUGCUGGACAGCCGCGCCAUGGUUGAGGCCUCGUCGGUCUCCUUUGAUGUGGCGCCCCUGGGGGAGGACCUCCACAAGUUGAGGGCGCAGUUUGAGGCUCUCUCCCAUCACAUGACUCAAGUAACAAGACACCCCAAGAAGGGCGGGAAAAGCAGCCAGAAGUGAAAAGACCAGCAACACUAGAUAGGCGGCCGCCACCCCCAAAGGGAAUAAGCGGUAGGAAAUGGAUGGAUGGCAGUAGCAUAGCUGCGUGUGCUAACAUGGCAUUUUAACUUCAUGCUAGUUUAGCACAGCUGCUGAGGAACUACAUGACCUAACUUGCACCUUCUAGGUUUGAAGCAGACUGUUUAUGCAUUUUGAGAUGUGUAGUGAAGCCUUUUUUGGGGGGGGGGGGUUGUUACCUGUCACACUUGUUACUAGGAAGGUUUCCUUCAUGCCUCAAAAAGCAAGUGUUUGAGCA